GGCGGCGGAAGCAGCAGCCGGCUGCAGCCGCCCAAUGGGCUAGUGCUGCGCGGCGGCGGGGCCCGUCACUUCCUGGCCCUGCAGCCGGCGGCAGCGAGGCGAGAGCCGGGGCCGGGGGCGGCGGGUCCCGCAGCCUGCCUGGCGCCCGCCACCAACAUGCCCUUUGACUUCAGGAGGUUUGACAUCUACAGGAAGGUGCCAAAAGACCUUACACAGCCAACCUACACAGGGGCUAUUAUUUCUGUCUGCUGCUGUCUCUUCAUACUGUUUCUCUUCCUGUCUGAGCUCACCGGAUUCAUAGCCACAGAAAUAGUUAAUGAGCUCUACGUGGAUGACCCAGACAAAGACAGUGGAGGUAAAAUAGAAGUGAAUCUGAACAUCAGUUUGCCAAACCUGCAUUGUGAAUUAGUUGGACUAGACAUCCAAGAUGAAAUGGGAAGGCAUGAAGUGGGUCAUAUUGACAACUCGAUGAAGAUACCUCUUAAUAAUGGGGAUGGCUGCAGGUUUGAGGGCCAUUUCAGCAUCAACAAGGUCCCUGGUAACUUUCACGUGUCAACACACAGUGCCACUGCGCAGCCUCAGAAUCCUGACAUGACUCAUGUCAUCCACAAGCUCUCAUUUGGGGACAAGCUGCAGGUCCAUAAUGUUCAUGGAGCAUUCAAUGCCUUGGAGGGAGCAGACAAACUCAGCUCAAAUCCUCUUGCAUCUCAUGAUUACAUAUUGAAGAUAGUCCCGACGGUGUACGAAGACAUGAGCGGCAAGCAGCGAUAUUCAUACCAAUAUACUGUAGCAAAUAAGGAGUACGUAGCCUACAGUCACACUGGCCGCAUUAUCCCAGCUAUCUGGUUUCGUUACGAUUUGAGUCCCAUCACAGUGAAAUACACAGAGAGGCGACAGCCUUUGUACAGGUUUAUCACAUCGAUAUGUGCCAUCAUUGGAGGAACGUUUACUGUAGCUGGGAUCCUUGACUCCUGCAUUUUCACAGCAUCAGAGGCCUGGAAGAAGAUCCAGCUGGGGAAAAUGCAGUAGCAGUGAAACUCUACCCUAGUCUCCAAGGGCAGGAGCAAAGAUUGAGAAAUCUACCACUACCUGUUUUUGUCUUUAUUUUCUAUUUGAUUGAAUCAGUAAGUUUUUCUCUAAUCAGGCUGUUCAGUGAAGACGCCUUCAACAAAUCAAAGAAAUCUCCAUGCAUAUGAGAGCUCCAAGAGUGAAAUAUCAAUGGAAUCAGGGCAUGGAUAUCGAUUAUCUCCCUCCAGAAAGGGAGGUUGAAAUCACAUAUAUGAAAUACACCAUCAGAUCUAAGUAAGGAUGACAGUCUGUUCUCUGGGAGGUUCCUAUGGCAGUGUACAAACUAGGUAGUAGAUUGCAAAGAGUUGAGCUGUCUUGUGGCACUUCUUGGAAUUCUGUUGGAUUUGCAUGAUUAGACAAUCGACUUUUGUAUGACACAAAAUUAUACAUUAGGAAGAAAUUCCACCCAUGGUGCCAAAAAGGUGAUGUAUCUGUCGGAGAGGAAUGGAAAGUGUUAGUCCCUGUAGCAAACUUCAGAGACAAAGGGCAGAAAUAACAUCAAGAAAUGUUUUGUGCUUUUACUGAAAAUUCUUUUAUUCAGAUAUGACCUUUCUAAUGAAGUGAGCAAACAAGAAGAGGAAGCCUUCCCCCAGCUACGUUUUCCUGGGUAAUCUGUGAUCCAGGCAGUGGAGGGCCUUUCUUUUACUCUGGAUGUAAAAGUGGUUUCAUUUCUUCCCAGAAACUGAAUAUCCAGUUUUGUGUUUACAGGUGGCAUGAAGUAAAAACCAAACUGAGCAACACAGUUUUAUGUGGCCUUUGCUUUGAAAGGGAAUAGUUGUCUUUACAGCAUUAGCUUUUAUUCUUUCUUAUGUUUUUUUUAAAUACAGACCACCCAACAGUCUGGAUUCUGCACUUCUGCUUUAUUAUUAUUAUUGUUGUUGUUGUUGGUAUUUUGAAAAGGGGUUGUAUAUUCUAUAUGUUCAGAAAAAUGGUGCAGUCUUCUGGGUGGAUGAUGAGCACAGCUUACUGUCUUACUUUGUGUGUGUAUAUUGAAUACACCUGUCAAACACAGGAAGUCUGUCUUUCCAGGGUUUAAGGUGCCUCCCUUUUCCUGUAAAAUUCAGUCAGGCAUCUUUUCUGAGCCCUAGACUGACACUGUUCACCCACAGGUACGCCACUAGCAGGGCAGGACUUCCCACAAGCUGGGCCCUGCUAGUAGUUGUUUUGUUCUAUUCCUUAAAAUGGUACCUGAGCUUCCAUGCCUGUUCAUUCAAGCCUUGUCCUCUGGGGCCUCCAACAGACAGAGGCGUGAGGGGAAAAACUACUGCCAGGUGUGGCUUGCAUGUUAUGGUAGACAUGAGUUCACUAAAAUUAGACCAAUACCCACCAGCGCAUUUUCCAUAGCCUCCUAAAUGUUCUUUGAGUAUUAACAGUCUCUGCAUGCUUUGUAAAUGUCUGAGCUGAGGAUACACACAUUUUAAGCGUUCCAGGAUGGAUGAAAAUCAUAAAAUAAAAAUCUUUAACUCAGUCAGUGCUCUAAGACGGGUGCAGGAUUUCUCUUGGAUAAUAUCUACUGCCCACUGCCCUUUCCUGGAGGCAAAAGUAUCCAAACAUUAUGCUGUAAUAAUAUGAAUCUUUGAAUAUUCAGUGUUAAUCCUAGAGUCAGAUGCAUUUCAAAAGUAUUUCUAAUACAUGUUUGUUGAAAUUGUCUGAUUGCUUUGGAAGUAGGGAAGGUAGCCAGUUUUAUCCACACACCAAAAAGAAGAAGCCAACCACCUUCCCCCUGCCGUCCUCUGCCCUGUAGUGACUUUGGACAAAUUACAGCAUUGGUAUUUUUUUCCUGUUCUUAUUAUGGACUGAUUGCUAUUACGUUAGGUGUAAACUGGAUUGUGUAACUUCCUGUAUCUGUUAAUGUAUGGAUAGAUUUUAUACAUUUUUUUCCAUUUACAAAAAUCAACUUGAAAAUGAGAUGCUUGUCUUCAUUUCGGUGCGUGCGUCCGUGUGCCCAUGAGCGGUACCCACUGGAUGGCGGCGGCUGCCCGGUGGGACUGGGAUUUUCCACUGCAAUUGCUUCUCUUGCUGGCUGAAGGAUUCCUCUAAUCCACUGUGACUAACUGAAGCUUACAACAAAACUGUCCUAGUUUUUCCUCCUGAAUUUGUUGAGUCUUUGCUCACAGCUUAUGAACCCAGUGGAUUAUAAAGUUGUUAUUUUUAAUAUCUUAGCAGUGCGUCUUUCUCUUCAGCUGUGCAAGAGAUCUUUGUAGUGCAGUGGAUUGUACUGUUAGUUUUCUGAAAUUUCUUCCCUGGUACAGUUUCUUCAACACAAGCAAGCAAAGCUGGUUGCAGAUUCCUUGUGUUCCCUGGCAUGUUCUUUCUGCCCUUCUCCCCAUCCUCUGUUUGAAUUAAUGCUGCCUUAUGUGCAGUCCAGGCCAGUUCUCUAAACCAGACCAGUGAAACUGUUUGGCUUUUUUGGGAAAUAACAGAUGCAUACUUCAGUGCGCCUGCUUCCUCUGCCAAAAUGUCCACUGCAAUAACCUAAUAAAUCACAUUUUUUUGCUAGAUGUGGAAACCAAGUUGUACUCAAGUUCUGGCAAAACUCUACUGAAGAAACAGUCCACACCUUAGUUCUCUAAACCAGAUCUAAGCCUUUGAGUACUGCCAGGCCAAGGCUACCUUCUGGGUCUGCUGUAAGUUGUGGCGAGCUUGUCCUCGAGACGUGGCAGGCUUGGGUCGUGUAACGAUGCUGCAUCAUGUGUUUACAGAAGAAUCUGCUCUUCAUCUGUCCAAAUGUGAACGCGAGGUAGUUACUGUUAUAGCAGUCCUGCCCCGUGCAUACAUGUCUCGUUAGAUUUCACUUUUAUUUUCAAACACUUUUUAGAAACAAAAUUACUUGAGUUAUGCUUUUAAACAUCAAUGCAAACAAAAAUAAUUUCAAGCCAUAGUGGAGGGAAAACCAUCGAUCGUAGCUGUUCAUUCAUAUUCCUGACUUUGCUCUUUCAAGUCAGUAUUUUGACAGAAGUAUUUGUGGUUUUCCAAGAAAGACAUCCCUGCAGGAAGUAAAAUAUUUAGAACUUGUAUAUAUUCCAGUUUAAGUAAGUCCCUCUAAAGCUACUCUCCAUCAUGCGGUGACAACUUGUGGCAUAGGAUGCUUUGCAAUGGUGGGGUUAAAAUUUUUAUCUCUAGGGAAAGCUGUGCUUAGGUACGUUCUAGGCAGUAUAUGGACUGCUGAAGAUUAUGCCUUUAGGAAAAAAAAUGGAAAUGGGGUAGAGAAAAACGGAAGACAAGCAUUUGUGAAUGUUUGAUCUGAUUUAUCAAAUACUUGCAUUCAACUACUGCUCUGUAAAAAGUGAAAUCUGCAGUGUAGAUGGCAAUGUGUGUAGUUAAUUUCUGAAUCUUUCUCAUUUAAAGUUGUUUUUUAUUUGUGUGAUACACAGACUGUUCAGGGUGAAAAUGACUGUGAUGAGUAUCUGCUUUAGAGUAGUCGUUUGAAGUUCCAGAUUAAAUGUCACUGAGGUAUUUCUCAAUAGUCCUUGGAAAGGGAGAGAGGGGCAGGGGUGGGAGGACGUAGCCCUGUAGUAUGUUGUGGCGAUGUUUAAAGCACAAGUCUUUUUGCAUUUUUACAGUGGAGAUUAUUAAGGAGUUCUGGCAUUUCUCUUUUAAUUUGCACCCUUAUGUUAAUAAAAUAUUAGUCUUUUUAGUUCUAUAAUUAAAA